AUGGCGACUAGGUUGGCAGUCGCAGUUUGCUUGUUGGUCAAUGUGCAUGGUGCACAAGAUACGUUCCCGCAGCCAUGGGUGUACGAGAGCUCGGGAUCGACUCCAGGAAGCACUUGCGAUCCCUCCAACCCUGCCACCUGCUCUCCCUCUUCCUACUCGCACGACCCCAAUGCGCGGAACCCGAUGUUUUUCAGCUCGCGAUGGGGCAACGCGCAGGGUGUGGAUUCAGACCCGGGAGGGUUCGGCAUGGAAGGUUUCCCAGCCCGGUCCUGUCUCGAUCUCGCCAAGAAGCCAUACUUCAGCAGCGGGGUGUACUGGCUGCAGCCAGCAGGCUACGAUCGGCCGUUUCAGGGAUACUGCGACAUGGACAGCUUCGGAGGAGGUUGGCUGAUGUGCUACACGACCUCCGACGCCGUGCACAUGUCGACUGAGACGAGCUCCUCGCAGCCAUACGGGGUCGACGGCUACAGGUCGGACUGCACGAGGUAUCCUUUCAACCAGGUCAUGUACGUGUACCAUCCCACCCUCCCUGGCAGCGCCGAGGACAAGGCUUGGUUCUCCUUCCGGGGCCAGAAUGCCCUCGUCGCUCAGCGGUCAGGGUUUAGUGGGUCAGUGAACGCGUCAUGGGCAGCGGGCAGUGGCGUCCUCGGCCUCCUCUUCGACUCCAAGUAUCAGGCGUCUUCGCGAACGCCGAGCUGCAUACAGGAGCGAACAAACUUCGCUUGCAAGGUUCCGGUUGUGGUAGGGAGCAAGUUUCAAGAGUGCCCCGAUUGCUUUGCGGUUCAGCCUCAGAUGGGCAAUGCGAGUUGUACUUCUCCAGACUUCUCGGUGUGCUGGUGCGAUCCUGUUCACAGCAGCGGAUGCGUCCAGCCCAACUCUCCUCCUGUGCUGCUCCAGCUUUCAGCGCAGCAUGAUGCAGUCACCAACUUCUACGCUGGCUGGGUCGUCAUGAUUGUGGGGGGUACAGGAAGCGGGCAGACAAGAAUGAUCCUCUCCAGCACGGGAGGCUCCUGCUCCUCGUCCUCCUUCUCCACAGCUGCUUCGUGCAUCGACGGCGGCGCAACCUGGAUGAACGGGCCUGCAAAGAUUCAGCCGGAGUCAACAUGGGCGACGCUGCCAUGCUCAGACCCAAAGGUGGAUGGCUAUAUCUGCAAUGCGACAUGUACAGACACUUACCCAGCAGAUGGAACAACUUGCAACAAUGGUGAAGUCUACCCCACGCUGUCGACAUGCUCGAGCGCUUGCCAGUCCUACACCGGAGCCUCCUCCUGCUCUUAUCGCUGCACGACAGUUUACAAGAUCUACUCCCCCUACGAGUGCACGGACCUCGACUGGGAAUGCGGGUAUUUCUCCAAAGGAGGCGUUAGAAGGGGAUACACCCCUUCAACGGUCUCUUGUACUGGUCAGUGUCAGUGCGACAACGCUGGCGUCCCGCGCUGCUCGGGGGGAACGGGAACUUGUACGUGCAUAGCGAGUGAAUCGAGCUCAGCGCCGUCCUCGGCCCCGUGGAGCCAGAGUGUCUUCCGUCUUGCUAGCGGCGUCAACCCGGAUGGAUGUACGGGAGCCUUCAGACUGUGUCAGGGCUCCAACCCGUAUGCUGGCUACCAGCUCGUCAUUAACGGACAAACGAGAACGAUCGUCGGGUACAGCGGCUACCACAAGGUCGUCAAGGUUGACUCUCCCUUGCAAGUUGGUCCUGUUCCAGCUCCCAGCGAGGACGCGACUUAUGAGAUGAAGCUUGCUCAAGAAUGUAGCAACGUCUACAACAAUCAGAGAGAGAAGAGUGCGUGUGCUGCUACCCAGUACUAUCAGGUCAAGUUUGUUGUCUUGAAGGUUUCAAUCCGGUACCUCAACAUCAGCGACGUCAACUGCUCACACUGA